UUAUUAUUUAUUAUCCUUCCAGUUUGAUGUGAAAACUGACUGAUGUUCUGGACCUUUGCUUCGGGAAAUUUUCUCUAACUGGACCUCUUUGAAAUCUAAUUGAAUACCCCUGUUAUACAGUAUCUCUCAGAGACACGUCGGCCCGGAAGCAUCACGUGGUGAAGAAUCAUAUGGUAUCCAGAGCUGUUAAAUAGGAUGUAUGUAUUUGUUUAUUUAACGGUUCUGAUUCUAGAAGCUAGAAAAGUCGCCCCUCAUCAUGGAAACAGAAUAUGCCUCGUCUUCAUCGCUUCCUAGCUACGUUAUAAGGAGUUUACAGUGAGCGUGACUUGUUCUGUAGUUUGACGCCAGUUGGGAUCCGCUCUGGACUCUCACUGUAUGUUUGAGUUCUGCAGUCUGGACGAAGCCUGUUGGAGGUAAUGUUAAGCUCAUUUGUUUCACAGCUAUUAAAAGUUAACUUUUCAUACAUUCAUUUGAAUUUCCACCCAAGCGAUAAUCAGUUUAAUAAAAAUAAGUUAAGUAGCGACUGUGUCCUUUGUUCUCCUGAUAGUUGAGGCUAGUGUAGCCUAUGAACUGAAAUGUGAAUUGAAAAUAGUUGUUAUAUUCAUUAUGGCUUCACUGUAACUUUAAAAAUACCGUUAUAACAUUGAUGUGAUGUGUUGAUCAAUUGCUGAUUGCUGUUUAAGCCAUUAAACAACAGCCAAUGCAUUUACAUUUAUCUGACGCUUUUAUCCAAAGCGACCCCCAGCUUCCACGUCUUCUCCUUAUACAAGCCUGGCAGAAGUCCACUGCUCCAGUGACUGUUGCAGGGAUCUGACAAAGUCUCACUAACCAAAUGACCCAGCAAUUUUUCUCGGAGGAGCUGAAAUCAGCGAGAUCACAGCUUCAUUCACAUCGGUGAAGAACAUUUACACAGAGAAUUUUAACAUGUCUAUCUUGAGUGAUCGGUUCACGUCAUCCAAUCAUCGCUGCUCCUGGUGAUGACGUGCACCUUUACAAGAAUGUUCAUGAAAACCUGGACAUGAAGACCACCUGGAUGGUUAUGGUUCAUUUCGGGAACUUCUUGCCUGGCUUUACCUUAUUUCCAUUCUGGACUCUCACUGUAUGUUUGGUAUGUACGGUGGGCUUGACGCCCGUUCUAGGUCAGCCUCAGUUGAUCGGUUCAUCUCGGCCAAUCGUGGUCGUUCUGGGUGAUGACAUCAUCCUGCCGUGUCGUUUGGAGCCUCUGCUGAACGUGGAGGACCUGACAGUGGAGUGGUGGCGUCCCGACCUCCCGCCUGACCCCGAAGAUCCACUGAGCCCGUACAAGUAUGUUCACCGUUACCAUGACAACCAAGAUGUAGAGGAAAUGAAGAUGUCGUCAUACGCUGGGAGGACGACGCUGUUCAAAGACGAGCUGAAACACGGAAACGCUUCACUCAAGAUCCUCAACGUGAAGCUCUCUGACCAAGGAAGCUACAGAUGUGUCAUCCCACAGCUGGGGAGGGCUACGAUUAUUAGGAUUGUUGUUGAUCUAAACUCGACAACUGAGGCUCCGCUGUUUCCCACAAAUGUCAAAACUCCAGAUCGAAAGGAGGAGACGGAUGUUCAAGGAGCUCGAUCCCAUCCGGGCGUUUGGAUCCCAGCUGUGGUUUUCUGUGUCUUACUUGUCCUGGUAGUUUGUGGUGGUGUCGAUGGAUAUGUGAUUAAACACAAGCCUCAAAAACUAAAUGUGAGUCAGAAGGAAACCAAACAACUUGUCCCUCCAGCUUCCACAGUAUGGGUAACCCCAGACCAGCCACUUCCAGUCUAGUUGCCUUGCUGAGGAUCUCGUUGGUAUUUGAUGUUAACGUUCUACACGUUCCUCUCUUGGAUCUGUCUCAUCAGUUUGGGGAUUCAGAGCAGCAGAACCUACAGCCACGAGUGGACCCACUGGAUCAGCAGGAGGGAACUGAGUAGACUCUCCCCAGAAAAGGCUUUGCGUGUGGCAUCAACCUCAGCUGUGUGGAGUACUCCAGCACAUCUUUAUUUUGAGCUCAGCUUCAUCAGUGAGGAUAAGGAGGCUGAGAAAAGGGAGGUAGUGGACUCCUACAUUGAGGGGUGCAGACUGAACCACAUGCAGAAGGUAAGAUGAAGGAGUUGUUGGUGGACUUCAGUAGACGGAAAACAUCCCUAAUCCCUCUACCUGUUUCCACCCAUGCGGUGGAUGUGGACACUCUGCAGGACUACAAGUACCACAAUGCACCACAGAUUGACAGGAACUAAUCCCUUCUUACCAUAGACUGUAGGCCUAUAUAAGAAUUGGACGUAGUCAUCGUGACUUCACUCGUUGGGUUGUCGACUACCGUUUUGAAGCCUUGAGUUUGGCCGAUAGGGUGCUGCCAUGUUGAGUUCUUGCAACCAGCAGCAGCAGACGAGAUGCUGGAGCUAGCUAGCUUGCAUAUAGCUGCAUCUGUAAUUCACGCUGUCAUUUUAACAGGGAUGACAAUUUUGUCUAGUGAACAACAGACUUAAAACAAAUGUACUCACCAGAGAAAGUGAACAACUCUUAAUCUUUAUCAACAGCGCUGAUUGUAAAUCUGGUUCCCGCUUGCUUCUUACAUUCAUUUCAACUCGGACAUAAUGAAAAAGGGGACAUAAUGUAAAUAUCAAGAACAUAAUAACUUGAAUCUUAUUGAUCAUAUUUUUUUUUUUUAAAUGUAUACUUAAAUAAUAAAUAAUAAAAAACUAAAAUUAUUGUGAAA